AUGGCUGAAAGCAAUACCACCCGAAAAUAUUGUUCGUUACGCGUUGUUGAUGUGGGUUCAUUACCAGAAAAAAUGUUGGCACCUAUCGAAGGUUAUGAAAAUAUGCCAUUAGUAACUCUCGAGGAGGCUGUGCAACCUCUUGCUGGAAUCGUACCAAAAGUCAAGCGAAAUGUAAAAAUAGUCAAACAGAACUGUCAACAACCCAAAGAUGGCUUAACGAUUGAUCAAUCAGCUUCAAUUAUGCUGUACACAUACGAGUCAACGCCACAUGAAGACUCGUUGUACGUUAAGCUUAAUGAAAUUUUACGUUCUGAACAAAGGCAAAAUUUAAUUCCAUGGUUCCGAUAUCUUCGACUCAUAUUGACGGCACUUGCAUGUCUUCCGUCCGAGUGUUGUUCUGUUUUUCGAGGAAUACGAAACAAUUCUUCAACUGAUUAUCCUGAGGGCAAGAGUUUCGUUUGGUGGGGAUUCUCUUCAUGCACUUCAUCGGUCAAAGUUCUGGAAAAUGCACUAUUUUUUGGAAAAACUGGAAAGAGAACUCUAUUUGAAAUAAAAUCUAUAACUGCAAAGGACAUAAGAAAACAUUCAUUCAUGCCCGGUGAAGACGAAUUACUUUUAUUACCUGCUAGAAAAUUUCAGGUGAAAUCUUGUCUUAAUUCCGGCAAUGAACUUCAUAUUGUGCAGCUCAUAGAAGUGACUCCAGAGUACGAGCUGCUCGAGCCUGUUCCAUUACCAGAUCCGUUCAAUACACUCCAACGGAUUUCUCAAGUGCGCUAUCAACCGACAGUGGCAACAGUGAAACUUAAAAUCAAACCAUCUUCCGGAGAUUCUAAAGAGAAUCAUGAGAAAGUGAAAUUCAACCUGAAUACAAAAUCAAACGGUCAGUCAUAA